GCGAGUGUUGCGACGCUGUGCGGUAUCGUUGUGACGAGCGAAAUAUCAUUUACGCGCGAUAAUGUCGACGAUGGAACGCGUAAAUAUCAUGUAUAUCCUGCCGCGGCGGCCGUGCCAGUAGUGCGGUGGUCCUGCGACUAGAGUCCUGCGAAUCGCAAGGUUAGGCUAACCUGCCGCUGUUACGAUAAGGGACGGUCGCACUCGGCCCGACAAGUCUCGUCGUCGGCCGGUCGGUCGGCGAUUUUUCAGACGUUUUUUUUCCCCCGAUUUUUCUUGGCCCGGAUCCGGCGGUCGUCGUACGCAAUCGUCGCAGUGUUAUACGCCGACGUAUAUACAUACCGUCAUCGUCGUCGCUCGUUUCUGCCGCCAACCGACAUGGACGUCACGUCCCUCGAGAGCUCUGCAGCUGUCGUCGUCGAGUAGUCGCGCCAAAAUACGGCAGCAUACCGCGCCGCGAGAGGCGACCACCAGUAACGAGGUGGCCCAUAAAGUACCUAAACAAUAUAUAAUAUUAUACUCAACGUAAAGUGAGUGUGCGUGUGUGUGUGCGCGUGUGUGUGUGCGAGCGUACAUGUGCGCCUCGACGAAGGGAUGUACUUUACGAGGCCGUCCGAGAUGAACGAGUACAGAUAUUCGAAAACCGCGUCGAUGCUCGGCAAGCUCGUCCACGUGAUCAGGAUUUUCGGCGUGUUCACAGCUAUCGUUAUGUUCGGCGUAGGUGUCGACAUCGCGAUACAUCACCAUGAAUUUGGACUUUACAUCAUGCUAAUGUCAUUGUUGGUGUUUUUUUUGGAAAUUACUUGGGCUAUCACACUGUUCCUAAAUGUAUGCAUAAAAAACGAAUUCAGUCCGAUAUUCAACUUUUGGGAAAUAGUGCUGUGGUUGAGACUUUGGAAAAAAUCACUGCUGUACACAGUUUUCUCGAUGGUGUUCUUCUUAUGGCCGCACGGACUGUGGCUUUCUAACAUCGCAGGUGCCCUGCUGCUGUGGCUAUCAUUUUUGUACGUAGUCAUCACGUUCAAAGACUUCGUACACAAACGUUCGGACUUUGUUAUUGUGCCCAAAGGACAAGCGUCCACGUCGUACGACCAGUACGACGACAUAACCGAUUUGCUCGGAGACUCUAUUCAUGUAUCGUUGUCCGCCGACAAUCUAUCGGAAUUGGACCAGGAUGGAAUAUUAGAACUAUGAUUAUAAUAAUGUUAUGUACAAAUGUUUUUGUUAUUUUUAAUAAUAUAUUCUGUAAAUACAUUCUUCUUUAAUAU